UUGCCCCUUUGGCAAUCGGCAAACACUUCAAAUCCCCCGACCGUUGGACUCGCAACGUUCUUCUCCAACCCACCCCACCAGGCUCCUCCCCCUCGAUCCAGCCGAUCCCCUUCCCUUCCCUUCUUCUCCCCGCCUCCAAUCAAAACCACACAUCACACACCACCACAUCCGGAGCGAGAGAGAGAGAGAGAGAACCCUAGCUCGCGCGCUCCUAACCCUAGAAUUCUGCCCGUCCAUGGCGGCGGAGACCAAACCUUCCUCCGGGACGGAGGCGGCGGCGGCGGCCGUGCAGUUCCAGGUGGAUGAGGCGUACGAGUACCGCGCGCCCAAGUACUUCGACUUCGUCCUCGACGAGACGGAGGCCGACAUCCGCGCCGCCGAGCGCUGGUUCGAGGCCGGCGCCAGCCACGCGCCCUCGCCCUUCGCCCCGAGGAUCAAGGAGUCGAGAGCGGAGGUCAAGAUCGACGCACUCUGCGACUUCGCGGACGCGGAGGACCCGGCUCCAUCUCCAAAGAACCAAGCAACGGAGGAGGCAGCAGUCAACGUCACAAAUCCGGCAGGGGAUAUCGAUGGCACGUCUGCUUGUCCUGACACCAUGUCAGAGUCGCCGCCAACAGAAGAGAAGGAGGAGUCACCCAAGUCUUUCGAGUUCCCCCUGUCCAAAGAUUUGGCUGCAAAAUCAGCAGAUGUUGGGUCUAGCACGCCCAAGAUUCAGAGGCCGCCUCCACCUGCGGAAGUUACCACUGCUGCGACCACUCGUGCCAAGUCAACAGUGAAGGCUGAAGCGUGCACUCCCAAGGUGCAGGGGAGCUCAUCCACUCGCUCAAAGACCGUGCAACCGUCUAAUCUGAAGCAGUCCUCGCUGGCAUUAACGAAGAAGAGUGUGAUCAAGGGGGCUCGUGAUGCGGUGGCCGGAAAGGCAGCUGCUGCUGCAAAUGAUAUUAGGCAAGAAAAUCAGGCUGUGAAGAAGCAAAAACUAGAUGAUGGAAGUACAAGACAGAUAUUGAACGUCAAGUCCCAGGUGCUGCCUCACAAAGGAAGAUGUAGUUUAGCAGGAAGCACCGAGGUGGGACAGUCUUCCAUGAGGCACCGCCAUGAUGACGCUCACUCUCUGAAGGACGUGACAGUGACUCCAUAUAUUUCAGCAGCUGAAAUGGUCAAGAAGUUUGAGUCAGGGACUAGAGAUUUGGGCAGCCACUACAGCAGAUCCAUGUCUAAUGAGGAUGCAGCAACUGCCUCACAAAGAAGGCCCAAACUUAUGCUAACAAGGCCAAAGGAACCUGAGUUUCAGACUACCCACAGGGUCCGAGCAGUCAGAAUGAAAAGCUCUUCAGAACUAGAGGAGGAAAUGCUGGCCAAGAUUCCAAAGUUCAGAGCACGGCCAUUUAACAAAAAGAUAGCUGAAGCUCCGUCUUUCCCUCCUCUUCCAAGGACAGCUCCACAGCUCCCCGAAUUCAAUGAGUUUCACCUUAAAACGAUGGAAAGAGCGUCUCGACAUGCUGACACGUGUUCAGAAGCUUCUUCCGUAGGAACUAUGCGGAGUCAGGGUAGUAAGCCACUUAAACUUGCUGAAGCGAAACCCCCACAACUUGAGACAGCACUGCGCGCAAGGCCAUCAAGGGUGAAAAGUACUCAGGAAUUGGAACUAGAAGAAUUGGAGAAAGCCCCCAAGUUCAAGGCCAAGCCACUGAACAAAAAGAUUCUUGAGAGCAAGGGUGAUAUUGGUGUUUUUGCCCACCCGAAGGCCCAGGCAACAGAGCCCAAGGAGUUCCAUUUUCGUACUGACGACCGCUUGGGACCUCCUGCAGUUGCGGAUCUUCUCGACAAGCUUUCUCUGUACUCUGAAUCUUCUUCCUACCAUGACAAGAAAGAUAUGCCGAGACUGACGAUACCCAACCCUUUCAAUCUACAUACAGAUGAAAGAGGGCAUGACAAGGAGAGGCAACUAGAGGCACAACUGUUGCAGAAGAAGCUAGAGGAAGAGAAAGCCCGGAAAUUCAAGGCUAAUCCCUAUCCUUACACCACAGACUAUCCAGUGGUGCCACCAAAGCCUGAACCGAAACCAUGCACGAGGGCAGAAGGUUUUCAGCUGGAGAGCUUGGUGAGACAUGAAGUGGAGCAGCAAAGGCUAAUGGAAGAAAGAGAGAGGAUGGAGAGGGAAGAGGCUCAGAGGAGAAUUGUCAGGGCACAACCGAUACUGAAAGAGGAUCCUAUUCCUCUUCCACAGAAGGAGCGAAAGCCUCUUACUGAAGUGCAACAGUUUGAACUGCAUGUUGAUGAGAGGGCGGUUCAAAGAUCAGAAUUUGAUAACAAAGUGAAGGAGAAGGAGAUCACUUACAAGAGGUUGCGAGAGGAAAACGAAUUUGCACAGAAGAUCGAGGAAGAGAAGGCGCUGAAGCAGCUUAGGAGGACCUUGGUGCCACAAGCACGGCCCCUCCCAAAGUUCGACAGGCCGUUCCGUCCACAAAGGUCGAAGAAGCAGGUGACCAGGCCCAAGUCGCCACAGCUUCAGGUGAAUGAAAGAGGGGCGAGAAGGCACCCGUUCAUGAGAUAAGAAUAGAUGAUCUCAGUCUCCAGCUCCUGCUCUCCAUCUGCUGUACCUGUUCCCCUGACGCCAAGAUCAUCCCUAUCUGGUCACCAAAGUAUUGUUGUCAUUCUUUCUCAUCGUUAUAUAGGCCUCAGAGUUCCGUGGUACUGUAGUAUAUAGUCAGUCAACACAGCUGACUCUGUGGAUCUGAGAUGGGGCUAUUACGGAUUGCUGAUUGAUUGAUGUUAUUGUGUCUAUAUUAAUUCCAGUUUAUCUGUUGUUUGUGCA